AUGGUAGUCGACUUUUCUGGCGUGGUUAAUGAUGAAUUUUUGGAUAGACUUGGAUUAGAGAAGGGUACUAGGAAGAUAGUGAAUCAUGAAGAAAGAGGUAGAGUUUUGCGGGCAAUGGAUGGAUGCAGCUACAUGGCUGCUGCUGGUGGAUCUCUUUCAAAUAGCUUGGUGGCCUUCGCCAGGCUUUGGGGUCAACCCAUUGGAGGGCCUGCUUUAAAUAUAGCCAUGGCUGGCAGUGUUGGAAGUGAUCCAUUAGGUGGAUUCUACAGGAGCAAAUGUGAAUUUCCUUCCACCACCGGUGAAGGAUGGGACAACAGGAACAGUUAUUGUUCUCACAACUCCAGAUGCUCAACUUACAAUGCUUGCGUACCAGUGACGGAUGGUCCUAGAGGCUCUUAUAUCGAUGUAAAAGGGGAGGCUGUAUAUAUUCCUCCUUCACAUUGCGUGCCAGUUGACACUUGUGGCGCAGGGGAUGCUUAUGCAUAUGGCGUUUUGUAUGGUAUAUUACGUGGUGUGUCUGAUUUGAGAAUUGAGAGGUCAUAUAGGCCACUCAGAAUGAUUAACAGUGCCGCCAAAGGGUCUUGUCCAAAUUCAUCCACUUUCAGGCACGAUGGCAGGAUACAGUCUAAAACUCAGACCCCGCUUUUCUUUUCUUGCUUCUCAGCUAGUGUUUAUGGAGCUCUACAAAGGCCUUCAGGCCAGAAGGAAGUCCCUUCAGAAAUGGCACGAACUUGA